AUGGCUGGUAGCAAUGGGUUUAGAGUAGUUUUAAACUCAUUAGGCAGAUUUGUUUUGCAGCGGCCUGCUAAUAAUACCAACCAUUCUAAUAAUAAUAUAGAUAGUAAUAAUGCACCAAAUAAUAUAGCAGAAGAGUUUGAAAAUGAUCCACUAGGUAAUGUUAGUUCUUCCUCCAGAAUAUCCACCUUACCGCAUGUUGAAGUGAGAAGUCGACGGUCCACCAAUACUUCUCGCAUGUUAGCACACAGGGCAAUUGAAACUCCUGCUGAAGCGGAAGUUAGAAGGAGGCGCAAUGCACAGCAGGUAGCUGCUGCGAGGAGAGUAGAGCAAGUAGGAGUACGAGAAGAGAGACUUGCACGUAAUGCUGAAAACAUGAGGCAUGUCAGAGAAAACGCACGUAGAGUUUUUCAUAAUAUUGCAAGGGAUUUUGGUGUUGUUUCUCAAACUUCUGUACACACACUUGGUCCUAUGUCUGACACAUGUCCAUAUUGUUCCAGUAAAAAAUUUCAAAAUGAAGGAAAUUUUAAAUGUUGUCAAUCCGGUAAAGUAGCCCUUCCUGAAUUAAAUGAAUACCCUGAAGAGCUGACUCACUUGCUUACGGGAAGGGAGCAAUUAUGUAAAAAUUUUCAAACAAAUAUACGAAAAUAUAAUUCAUCUUUUGCUUUUGCCUCUCUAGGAGCAAAUAUAAGACCUCCACAAGGACAUGGGCCCCCUUGCUUUAGGAUAAGUGGACAGCUUUUUCAUCGGUCUGGCUGUUUGCAUCCUCCUGAAAAUGUUACACCCUCCUUCAACCAGUUGUAUAUAAUAGAUUCAACAGAAGCACUUAACAUUCGUUUGAAUAAUCCAGCAAAUGCCGAGUGUUUAGAAGAGGUAAUGCACAUGCUUCAUACUGUAAUGGAAAGAGAAUCUCCUUUCAGUGCAGCGUUCAAAAAUAUGUUUGCAGUUGAAAUGGAGGAAAAUCAACGAGCAGUGCGUGAAAAUCGCCCAGCUUCUCAAGUAACGAUGCGAAUGCUCGCUGGUGGAGAUAGGAGGCGAUAUAACACUCCAACUCAAGAUGAAGUAGCUGUGGUAUUUGUUGGCGAAGAUGGUGCACCACCGACCACACGAGAUAUUGUAAUAUAUCCAAAGGAUCGACCAUUAACUAAUCUCUCUACGAUGUCGGCAAAUGUUGACCCAAUGAUGUAUCCCGUUUUUUUUCCAAGGGGAGAUCCAGGAUGGUAUAAUAACAUUCUCCACGUUGAAGAACACCGCACAGCAAGACGUCAAACAGUAACAAUGUUACAGUUCUAUGUGUAUCGACUUGCAGUAAGGAAUAGCUUCAGUUCUAUUCAUUACGGCAAAAAAUUAUUGCAGCAGUACAUUGUUGAUGCAUAUACUAAGGUUGAAGGUCAACGUUUAGAUUUUAUACGCAGAAAUCAAGCGCAACUAAGAGCUGAGUCUUACCAGGGCUUGGUAGAUCAUUUGAGUAUCAGAGCUGACGAAAGACAGCUCAAUCCAGGACGUAUUAUAAUUCUUCCAUCUUCAUUUCAAGGUAGCCCAAGAGCAAUGCGUCAAAAUUACAUGGACGCAAUGGCCAUUGUUGCAAAAUAUGGAAAGCCUGAUUUAUUCUUAACUUUCACAUGUAAUCCAAAUUGGCCAGAGGUUAAAGACAAUCUCUUUCCCGGUCAAAGUCCAUGCGAUCGGCCAGACCUUAUAGCAAGGGUCUUUAAUUUAAAAUUGAGAGAACUUCUUGCAGAUAUACACACGCGAGGAGUACUAGGUAAAACCAUAGCUUAUGUUCAUGUAAUAGAAUUUCAAAAAAGGGGACUUCCACAUGUCCAUAUGCUUAUACAUUUGACUCACGAAGACAAGCUCCGCCAUGCUGAUGAUAUUGAUACCAUAAUAUCAGCGGAAAUUCCUCUUGAAAUAGAUGAUCCGCAAUUAUAUAAAACAAUAAAAAGUUGCAUGAUUCAUGGUCCAUGCGGACAUUUAAAUCCUGUUUCUGUUUGCAUGGUAGAUGGGAAAUGCUCCAAAGAAUUCCCUAAAGAUUUCUCAAAUUCCACAGUUUCAAAUCGUAAUGGUUAUCCAAAAUAUAGGCGUCGUGAUAAUGGAAGGACUAUUACUAUCAGAAAUUCAGAUAUUGAUAACAGAUGGAUUGUUCCUUAUAACCCUUAUUUGUCAAAAAAAUACAAUGCUCAUAUAAAUAUUGAGGCCUGUAUGACGGUUAAAGCUGUAAAAUAUCUUUAUAAGUAUAUAUAUAAAGGUUUUGACUGUGCGAAUAUUCAGAUAAACGAAAGGUUAGAUCAUGAUGAAGUAACAACUUUUCUUGAUGCAAGGUACGUAUCUUCUCCAGAGGCAUGUUGGCGUCUUUUUGCUUACAAUUUGCAUGACCAAUCACAUGUUAUAUUCAGACUAGCUCUUCAUUUGCCAAAUUAUGAAAGGGUUUACUUUCGUGAAGGUGAUGAAGCAGCUGCAGUUGAGAGAGCUGAAAAUCGCCUUUCUCAUCUCACUGCUUGGUUUCUACUUAAUCAGCAAAAUGCAAAUGCAAAUAUGUACUUAUACACUGACAUUCCGUACCAUUUUGUGUUUGAUAAAUCACAAAAUAAAUGGAAGGUGAGAAGAAGAGGGGGAAGGUGA